AACUUUGAACUCUUUACUAUUUUCAGGGUCAUGUGUUGGCUGAUGCUCCUUCCGCUUGUGAUAGCAGCUGCAAUCAGAGCUCGAAGAGAAAAUGUUAUCAGCUUCCUCAAUGAUGCCCUCGAUACAACCACAGGGAAGACUUUACCUUCAAUUUUGACAGCACAUAAAAAUCUUCUAAAUGAUCCAAAGACAGAACAAUAUUCUCAGGAUCUUUCUGAGGACCAGUCUACAGAGAGUGUCAAACAUGAUUCAAUUGCAGAACCAGCUGAGUCUGAUGCAAAUGUUGGAGGGGAAAGUGAAGACCUUAACAGCGAUGAGAUCCAUCAAUCAAGAGAGAAACUCCCACCUCGCAGGCAAAUUGGAGCAGUGAAUGUGAGCAGGAGACGAGCUCAAGAUCAACAAAGUGGAGAACACGCUGAUGUCAACAGUGAGGAAGAAAUCAUCGAUGGUGUAAACAUGUCAAGCUUAUUGCCCAUCCAAGACAGCAGUGUUGACAGGAAAUCAUCUGCUGAAGGUGCCCACUCACUGGCCCCGAGUAGAGAAAUGGUGGAUGAGGACAGUUUGCCAAUGAAUUCUGCUGCACUCGUCAGAGAUUUUGAUGAUGAUGGUGAUGGUUACAAGGAUGAUGGUCACCAGCAAAUCUGCACUCACAAUACCUGCCAGAUAGACAGGCUCAAUCUUGUAGCAUGA